CUGAUUGAAAAAUACAAGAUAACAGUGAUUUUCCUAAGCACGAGCAUGAUUAAUCGAUUUCUUAAGGCGGGCUAUGUAAAGAAGUUUUCAUUAUCAUCUUUGAAAGUCAUACAUUGUGCCGGUGCAAUAAUCAAGCCAAAAACACAAAAAGAAAUGAGACGUAUUUUACCGCAUGUUCAAAUGUUACAAACUUACGGAAUGACAGAAAUCGGAGUUGGGACAAUACAGCUUUCGCAUCAUAAAGAUGGGUCUUGUGGAACGGUAGUUGAAAAUUUGCAAAUGAAGGUCGUAGAUCCAGAAAACGGGAAAAUCCUUGGACCGAAUAAACCAGGAGAAUUGUGGAUAAAGACGGCUUACAUGAUGAAUGGCUACUACAGAAACCCUGAAGCGACAAAAAAUACUAUUGACGAGGAAGGAUGGCUGCAUUCGGGUGACAUCGGUUAUUUCGAUGAAGACGGGGAACUUUUCGUUAUCGAUAGGAUAAAAGAGCUUAUAAAGUACAGAGGAUAUCACAUCUCACCUGGGGAAAUUGAAGGUGUCUUAUCGUCACAUCCAGCUGUAUUAGAAGUUGCAGUAAUAGGAGUGCUUCAUGCAACAGAUAAUGAACAUCCUCUUGCUUAUGUUACUAAAAGACCCGGUGCAAAGUUGGACGCAUGCACUGAACAAGUGGUUACGUACGCGGAGUUACAAGACAAAGUUGUAAGAUGCGCGUUGUGGCUACAAGAACAAGGAAUUAAAUCCGGCGAUGUUGUCAGUGUGUGCACAAAAAAUCAUCUCAAUUCCAUCGUGCCUUGCUUGGCGGCAAUUUAUGUCAACGCGAUCUUUAAUCCGUGGGACGAGAACAUGGAUUUGCAAACCGCGCUGCAUUUUAGGAAGCUGACUACUCCGAAAAUAAUCUUCUGCAGCGAGCGACCCGUGAACGUCAUCUCGAGCGCAAUAAAAGAGAGUAACUGCAAUUCUACGAUUGUGAUUUUCGGCGAUCAUCCUGGGAUGAUCUCAUUUUCCGACAUUUUGAACAUGUACAGCGAUGCGGAAGUAGCAAAUUUUCAAUAUGUCGAGGUCGAUGACAUCAAGCAAACGGCGUACAUCGUGCACUCGUCAGGCACCACGGGGAUGCCAAAGGGCGUUGAAAUAUCCUAUUACAGUCUAUUACUCCUCAGCGAGGAUAACAACAUAAAUAUGACCAAUGUGGUGUCAAUGUGGUUCUCAUCAUUAUUCUGGUUUAGCGGGAUAAUGAUGAAUCUAAAAUCGAUCGUGCAGGGCGCCAAAGUGAUUCUAUAUCCGGAAUUUGAUGAAGAGAUGACAUAUCGACUGAUUGAGAAAUACAAGAUAACAAUGAUUGUCCUAAGCACGAGCAUGAUUAACCGAUUUUUUAAGGCGGGCUAUGUAAAGAAGUAUUCAUUAUCAUCUUUGAAAGUCAUACAUUGUGGCGGUGCAAUAAUCAAGCCAAAAACACAAAAAGAAAUGAGACGUAUUUUACCGCAUGUUCAAAUGUUACAAACUUACGGAAUGACAGAAAUCGCUGGAGUUGGGACAAUGCAGCUUUUGCAUCACAAAGAUGGGUCUUGCGGAACGGUAGUUGAAAAUGUGCAAAUGAAGACCGUAGACCCAGAAAACGGGAAAGUCCUUGGACCGAAUAAACCAGGAGAAUUAUGGAUAAAGACGGCUUACAUGAUGAAUGGCUACUACAGGAACCCUGAAGCGACAAAAAAUACUAUUGACGAAAAAGCAAUAAUGUUAUAGUUGGAUGCAUGCACUGAACAAGUAGUUACGUAUACGGAGUUACAAGAUAAAAUCCUAAGAUGUGCGUUGUGGCUACAAGAACAAGGAAUUAAACUCAACGACGUUGUCAGUGUGUGCACAAAUAAUCAUUUCAAUUCCAUCGUACCCUGCUUGGCAGCAAUUUAUAUCAACGCAAUCUUUAAUCCGUGGAACGAGAACAUGGAUUUGCAAAACACGCUGCAUGUUAUGAAGCUGACUACUCCGAAAGUAAUAUUCUGCACCGAGAAAUCCGCAAACGUUAUCUUGAGCGCGGUAAAAAUGAGCAACAGCAAUACCACUGUUGUGAUUUACGGCGAUCACUUCGAUGCAAUCUCGUUUUCCGACAUUUUGAGCAUGUACAGUGAUGCGAAAGUGGCGACUUUCCAGUAUAUCGAGUGCAAUGACAUGAAAAAAACAAUGUGUAUCAUGCACUCGUCAGGCACCACGGGAAUGCCAAAGGCCGUUGAAUUAUCUAAUUACUGUCUGUUGUAUAUGAGUGAGAAUAAAAAUAUAGAUUUUACCAAUGCAGUGUCGAUUUGGUUUUCAUCACUUUAUUGGAUAACCGGGAUAAUAAUGAAUUUGAUGGCGAUCGCGCAAGGUGCCAAAAUAAUUCUUUAUCCGGAAUUCGACGAAGAAAUGAUAUGCCUAUUAAUCGAAAAAUACAAGAUAACUGUGACUUUUCUAAGCACGAGUAUGGUCAACCGGAUUCUUAAAGCGGGUUAUAUAAAGGAAUUUUCAUUAUCAUCUUUAAAAGUCAUACUCUUCAGUGGUGCACUAAUUAAUGUGAAAGUACAGGAAGAAAUAAAAUGUAUCUUACCACAUGUCCAAUUAUUACAAAUUUUUGGGAUGACAGAACUCGGUGGAUUCGGGACAAUGCAGAGCUCAAAUCAUAAGAAUGGAUCUUGCGGAACAGUACUCCAGAAUGUACAAAUAAAAAUUGUGGACCCAAUAAGCGAAAAGGUUCUUGGCCCAAAUCAGUUGGGAGAAUUGUGGAUAAAGACGGCGUUCAUGAUGAAUGGCUAUUACAGAAAUCUUGAAGCAACAAAAAAUACUGUUGAUGAACAAGGGUGGCUGCAUUCGGGUGACAUUGGUUAUAUUGAUAAAGAUGGAGAACUCUUUGUUAUGGACAGAAUAAAGGAUCUUAUAAAAUACAGAGGAUACCAAAUCUCACCUGGAGAAAUCGAGAGUGUCUUAUUAUCGCAUCCAGCAGUGUUUGAAGUUGCAGUAACAGCAAUUCCUCAUACAACAGAUGAUGAACAUCCUAUUGCUUAUGUCACCAAGAUGCCGGGAGCCGAGGUGAUGGAACAAGAAUUAAUAGACUUGGUAGCAAAUAACAUGAUGGAUCAAUGCAGGCUUCGUGGUGGAGUGAUAUUUCUGAAUGCUUUACCACAUACAAUUUCAGGAAAAAUUGCGAAGAAAGAAUUAAAAGCUAUGGCUAAGAAACUAGCUGUAGAGUAAAAAGAAAAGACUAAUUAUAUUUUUUAUAUUUAUUAUCAUAAAAUUACAUAAUUAUAAUUUAAUCUUUUCCAUGUAACCGGGCAUUUAUAAAAUUUAUACAUACAUAUAUCGUUAGAAAACUUUUCCAAAUUAUAGAUAAAUAGAAAUGGAUUAAAUACAUAUAUUUAAAGACAAUAAGAAAUGGAAUAUAUAUGUGUAUACAACA